AUGACCCAGCCUUUACAAAUACAUGUGGGUAUAAUGAAACGUGGCGUGACGGAAACAUUUAUGCUACCUAUCAUAAAGCUAGUUGUACAAUACACACCACAACCCAUAUGGACAAUAAUUGAUUUUAUUAUAGACCUUUUUACCUUCUGGUUACGAAGCAUGUAUGGCUUUUACCACCGUGAGGACCCCUUAAAAGACCUUUUAGAUGAAAUAAAGAAUGUCCAGACAUACAGUGAAUGGAAGAAUAAGGUGAUGAAGAUCGACAAGCUUACCAAUAUGGACUUGUGGAGGCAAGACUUAAUCUCAAAACAUUACGAUUAUAUUCUUGUGAAUGAACGAUUAAAGCUGUUGCGAGCAACCAGGUUCGACCAAGAUUCACAACUUAUUAUGUCGCUUUUACGUUCGGGUCUAGUGAGGAACUUUGGAGGAAUUGCCCAGAAAAGACUUUUCACCAAGGCGUAUCUCGGAACUAAACAUAAUAUCGAGGAGUAUAUUGAAGAGGUUCUAGAAUGCUUGAACUAUCUCAACGAAUCUAUAAAUACCCCAUCCGAUCGUGAAAAUGUGGAAUAUAUCAUGAAUAGUAAGCAGCUCAAGCUCGACUUUUUCCAUGAUGUACGCCAGUCGUUCGGUUGCACAGCAUUGGUUCUCCAAGGUGGAUCUUUGUUUGGCUUGUGCCAUUUGGGUGUGGUGAAAGCACUAUAUUUUAAGGGAUUGCUUCCACGAAUUAUAGGGGGUUCAGCGGUUGGUGCUGCUGUAGCUUCCCUUGUAUGCACUUUGACCGAUGAAGAGCUAAUUCCUAUUCUCAUAUCCAUCCAAGAUGCCAUGGGUGAUGUAGACAGAUUGAACCACGAUGUUGAUGAACGUUAUGGCAAUGUCAUCGAAAAUGUGGUCAAGAAGGGAUACUCACAGGACAUUUUGGUGUUUCUCAAGUUUGUUCGGGACACCAUUGGUGAUUUAACUUUUGAAGAAGCAUACCUCAAGACUGAAAAAGUAUUGAACAUUGUUGUGCAUCCUUCGCAUAGUUCGGUGCCUUCAUUGUUAAAUUACAUCACCUCUCCAAAUGUGAUCAUAUGGACCGCUAUCUAUGCCUCUAUUGGUACUGGUGUCUUAUCAGAUAACGUACAGUUAUAUGUGAAAGACUUCAACAAUAAUAUUGUACCAAAAGAGCCUAAUAUUCCCAUAAAAUUCAUGAAGCCACAAGAUGUCAGUUACUCGCAACAAUACUUUAGAGGUUUCAAGAAAAACGACCAUUCAGAUAUGGAAAGGUCUGAUGGAAGUCGUCAAAACCUGAAGGUAGAAUCUCCCUACACACGUCUUACCGAGCUAUUCAAUGUUAAUCAUUUUAUUAAUAGUUUGGCCCGGCCUUAUUUGGCACCUUUGAUAAGCAAUGAUCUCAAGCAUUACCAUUCAUAUGGAAAAGUUCGAUACAAUUUCAAAAGCUUAGAAGUGGAUACUAAUAACGAUGAUGAGGCCGAUGUUACCUUUGGCUACUUAAUGGACGAACCACAACAAUCAAAGAGCUUUGUCAUUGACAAGAGAAAAUCAUUUUUGGCUGAUCCAGAAUCUUACACUAAAGACACUUCAAUCAAUUUGUUUAAAAAUUUGAAGAACAUUUUAGGUUUGGAACUUCAGCAUAGGCUUGAGGUGAUGAACAAAUUAGGCAUUCUCUCAGAUGUCAUCAAGAGAUUCUGUAUUGACGAGAAGCCGGCAGUAGCCCCUUCUUUAGCAGGAAUUAGAGAAGUAUCCAUUGUUCCGGAACUUCGUUAUUUAUUGAGAGACUUCGGACGAGUGUUCGAUGUCCACAAAACUAUGGAAAAUAUUCCUUAUUGGGUGCUCGUUGGUGAGCGUUCGGUGUGGCCCUUGUUCCCAUUAUUGUGGGUUCGUUGUUCCAUCGAGUUCACCUUGGACGAUUUGUAUAAUCUGCACAGGAAGAAAUAA